AUGAGUAUAGCCAAGUAAUAAAAGCUAAGAGAGUAUGGCACAGAUAUCCUCUCACACGAUUCCACUGGCGCUUCAAACAACCAAGUCAAUAUCAGACAGAACAACACUUUCAAGUCAAGUGUGAUGACUCAAGAAGAUGCAUCAUACGACUAUAAAAAUGCACUUAAAAGAGAUAAAAUUUUCUAGGAAAAACCGCUCGCUACUAAAGUUUAAAGAGCCUCUUAUCAAGACUCCAAUAUCUUUGGUUACAAAGAUGAUUAUAACCCAACAAUUCAAUCCUCAGCCUCAGGCUAGGAUAGUAAUGUUAGAUUGAGACAGACUGCAACUUUCUCAUCAAGAAUAUUCACCUCAGAUAAUGGUCCAAGUGAGUCUGAACGCCCUCCAUCAAGAUCAAGAUAGGAGGAAAAAUGGCAAAGUACUGUGUUUGAAGGUCCAAUUACUGAGCAAAGCAGAAGGAAGAAGCUUGGUCAAGGGGAUGCUGGCGUUGAGACGCUAUUCGGCCAGGACAGAAUUGAUUUUGAAAAUAAAUCUAAUGCCAUGCCAGUUCUCUCAUCUAAAAAAGAGGGCAAAUAAUGGAAACCAGUAAGGUAGGAAAAGACUGCUGAACAAAGGAAAAACGAAGAACUUCAUGGAAGAAGUGCUGCUACAUAUGGAACAGGUAGUAAGAAGGAUGGAACUUUAAUGGCCAAUAAUGCUGACUGGAGAAACUUACAGCAAACUCACGUCAACGCUUCAUCAAGCCAGAAGGGAAAUCAGGAGGGACCUCAAACAAACAAAGAUAAGAAGUAUGAUAACCUGUCAUCGAAUAUCUUCUGCCAAGAAGAGAAAGAUAAUCAACCAACAUAUGAUCCAACUGUUGAGAAAGCUGGAUUUGGAACAGAUGCCAACUGGACUGCUCAAGCUGGAUCAGCUAAAAUCAUUAAUAAGGGUUAUAAGCAAGAUCCAUAUAAAAAGAAGCAAGCUCAGUUAUCAUCUUAAGUGUUCGAUUUGACUGACUACUCCGAGUAUCAGCCAAUGAACAAACCAAAGCUUGAUAUCAAUAACUUAGCAGAUAAUCAAAGAAAGUAAAAUCAUCUUUAUUCAGAUAUUCUUGGCUCUGAGGGCCAAAACACAAUGUCUCAAAGAAAUGUUGGUCUUAAGAACAAUGAUAACGGGCCAAACAACACUUGGUCUUAAUCUGAUGGAAAAUCAUAAAAGAAAGAUUAAAACACUUAUAAUACUAAGGAUUAAAAACACUCACAACUAAAAUCCUCUCUUGAUACUCACAACUAUGAUGCUUCUCCAGUUAGAUAAACUGAAUAGCAAGAUAACUCAAUUAGUGUAACAAUUCCAGGAAAGCAUUCAAUGGCUACAAAGCUAAAGGAUCUUUCUAGUGACGUACUAGGAACAGGAAACACCAUUAAUCACUAUAACGCAGCUGAUAGAGAGACCGUAUUGGUAGACUUAGAUGUCAAGGGUCUCCCAGCUCAUACUUAAGCUGAUGAUUUGAAGAAAAUCUCUGGAGCCAAGCAUGUCAUCUCAGCUGUUGUGGAAUAAGAUGCCAUUACCAACAAUUGCGUUGGAACUGGAAGAAUAAAGUUGAGACUUGGAGGUGAGGACGAGGUUGACAAUGUGAAGCUUCAAUUCCUUAAGGCUGGUUAUGCAGUUCAGGAUCACACCGAAAAUUCCAAGAAGAAGCCAAACUUUACUCAAGAACAAACUCUCGCUGUAAGAAGCCCAGCUAGAAAAGAUAUUGAUUCCAAAGCUACCAAACUUCAAAAUCUUUAGACCAACAAUCCAGAGAUUUUCGGUAACUCAACUAACCAAGUCCAAGAUAAAUACAACCUAAACUUUGAUGGACAGGAAGUUGGAAAGGCUAAAGUUGCUUCUGAAAAAGAAAGUCUUGCUAUCAACAACUGGUCUCAAGUCGGAGGAAGAAGAUGA